UUAAAAUUGUGACUGCCCCUAUUGAAGGCUUCCAAGGUCUAUAAAUUGAGUGGCACCCUCCUUCAGUUUUUCUUCACACUCAUCUACUCCACAUUGUCCUCUCACCACUCUCCAAUUGAAAAGGCUUCUUUAUCAAAAGAAAAAUGGCUCAAGUUUGUUUGCUCUUGGUGGGGCUUCUCACAAUGUUCUCCUCUGCCUAUGGCUAUGGAUAUGGUGGUGGCUGGGUUAAUGCACAUGCCACCUUCUAUGGAGGAAGUGAUGCCUCAGGAACAAUGGGUGGGGCAUGUGGAUAUGGCAACCUCUACAGCCAAGGGUAUGGAACAAACACUGCUGCUUUGAGCACUGCUUUGUUCAACAAUGGUCUUAGUUGUGGCUCAUGCUAUGAAAUAAGGUGUGUGAAUGACCAUAGGUGGUGCCUCCCUGGCUCCAUUAUGGUCACUGCCACCAAUUUCUGCCCUCCAAACAAUGCCUUACCAAACAAUGCAGGAGGAUGGUGCAACCCUCCUAUGCACCAUUUUGACCUCUCUCAGCCUGUCUUCCUUCGCAUUGCACAAUACAGAGCAGGAAUUGUGCCUGUGUCCUACAGAAGGGUACCCUGCAGGAGAAGGGGAGGCAUAAGGUUCACAAUCAAUGGCCACUCCUACUUUAACUUGGUCCUCAUAACAAACGUAGGAGGUGCUGGAGAUGUUCAUGGUGUGGCCAUCAAAGGGUCAAGAACUGGGUGGAUGCCAAUGUCCAGAAACUGGGGUCAAAAUUGGCAAAGCAACAACUAUCUCAAUGGCCAAAGCCUCUCAUUCAAGGUCACCACUAGUGAUGGCCGUACAGUGGUGUCCUACAAUGUUGCCCCUGCUGGUUGGUCCUUCGGCCAAACCUACACUGGUGCUCAAUUCCGCUAGAGAGGCCUUAAUAAUUGUUCACAAGUUGAAGUUCCAAAUAUAUUUAGUUACACUACAUAUGGUAUAUGCUAUAAUUCCUCAAUUUAAGUGUUAGUGUAUGACUAAAAAAAAAAAAAAAAAUAGUAUACUAAGGUAUUAAAAUAGUAUGCUACUUGGUGGAGGAGGGGGUGGGGUCAAUUGGAUCACAAAAUGUUUAAGGGCUUAUUUUAAACUGGCUCUUGAUCAUUUUUUAUUGGGUCAAAAGGGGUUCCUAAUUCUAGGGUUCUUAUUGAUUAUUGGGGAAUUUUAAUUUUUCAUUUCUGAAAGCUUUUUCAACCUUUUUGCUGCUGAAAGCUAGCAGAGAGGGAGAUUUUAUAUUUUAUAUUUGUGGCCUACUAAAUUGGAGGAGGUGGACUGUUGUACCACCCGCCAUUAGUAUUGGAGCAGUUUUUUUGGUUAUUUUUGGUCCCUAUUGGGAUUAUUUAGAAGCAUUGCUUGCUUACUCAUCCUUUGUAAGCAGCCAUGGCUAAGUAUGUCUUUGGUUGUACCACUGGAAGUGUAAAUUUUCCUAUUUCUGCAUUUAAUAGAAAGUUGCAGUAAUUUACUAGUACUA